CUGUCUCCAAAAUGUCUCUUCUCAGCCACCAUGAGUCUCCUGUCGUGCAGCUUCGUCUUCGUCCUCCUCCUCUGCCUGCCCGUCCUCGCCGAGGCCAAGCGGCAGCCCGGCGAAGGGAAAGCCGAUAAACCCCGCCAGCCUCCGCCGUCGCCGGCGCCGGCCAAGAGGCCCAGGAACCGCUCAGUGCCCGGCUCUGGGGAGCUGAGCACCAAGGAGGGCCAUCGCUGCACCUGGCAGACAUCUGGCGAAGGCCUGGUCAGCCUGCUGGUCAACUGCAGCACCGAAACCCUGGGAGAGCCGCAGAGGUAUUGGUGUCGUUACGCUGGUAAACCCGACCAGUGCCCGGCCUACGGGGUGAAGUCCAGCCAGUACUGGAAGCAGCUGGUGGGGAAGCUGAAGAAGAGGCAGAACGCUUGCGAAGGAGAGAAAGUCCUGAAGGCUAAAACCUGCAAGAAGGCUCCGGCCGAGGCCCACAUGAAGCUCGGCCAACGCAGCGAACAGGAGGAGAGGAAGGGGGCGAAGGAAGGAAGCAAGAAGAGAGGACCAGAGGCAAGUAAGGGCUCAGAUGCAGGGAAGGCCGAGAGGAGGAAGAAGAAGGAGGAAGAGGACGAGGAGGAGAAGAAGAAGAAGAAGAGGGAGGAGAGGACUGUGUUUGAGGACGAAGAAGGAGUGGUGAACGACAUGGCGCCGGCACAGAGCUACUGCAGCGAGGGAUGGCACUCCGUCUGCUCCUUCUUUGUCAAGUUCUUUGAGGGUUGAAUUAGAAAAGAAGAAGGAAACGCAGAGCUCGUUUUUUGAUACAUAAUGGUGCGAGUUCACAAUCUGAAAUUUU